AGAACACCACACUCGUUAUAGAGUUUCAGACUGAGAUCACAAACGCUAUACGUCUCCGUCUGUUACUCUGAUUAGCUGCACAACCACCAACUAACCCACUAAAGAGUCAUCAAUGGCGCACAAACCUUCUUCUUCUUCUUCUCUGUGUGCGUCUCCAUCACUUAAAGUUUCUGAGGAAAUGGACCCUCAACAUGCUGAAGAGACCUUGCGCUUCUUCACCGUUAUGGGUGCCGCCACUCCUGUCCCAGAUCCCUGCAACGCGCGUGGAUUCUUCGACGAUUUCCUUCGCAGCUUCAUCACCGUUGAUCUCAUCCAACGGGGACGAAUCACUUGCACUAUCCUCGCCAAACCCCCUAUCUGUAAUGGGUAUGGAACACUCCAUGGAGGGGCCGUUGCGUCCUUGGUUGAUAUUUUAUCCCAUGCUUGUGCUAGAACUGUUGUUGCAGAGGACAAGGAGCUUUUCCUCGGAGAAACUAGCAUUUCUUACCUCUCUGCCACUCCAAUAGAUGAAGAAGUGGUAGCUAAUGCUUCAGUGGUGAAGAGUGGAAGAAAUUUGACUGUAGUUGCACUUGACUUCAAGCUCAAGAAAACUGGAAAUUCUGUCUAUAUUUGUCAUGCUACCUACUAUAACAUGCCAGCUUCUAGUCUAUGAUUAUGAACAUAUAGCUUUCAGGUGCAAGUGGCUCUAUAGAUUCAUAUUGAUUGUCAUACCAAAAUCCUUAAGAUGAAUUAGCCUAUUCAUAAUGUUCUACUUCCCUUUGUUAAUUCCAAUGGGAUUAUCCUCUUUUAGUGAUAAUUUACAAAACAAAUAUGAAAUAUUGUCAAACAUAUGAUGUGGCAACCUAGAAUAGUAGUGUAUUACACAUGAAAUUUUGUAUUAUAAAGUUUUUUUGUUA